AUUCCAUUUCGGUCCCGAUGAUGCGAUACUAUAUAUACGUCCAGUAUUGGAAGCGAUUUCUCAGACUAGUUCGUUCGUUCCACUGGGCCACAAGUAACGUGCUUUUAUUCAAAAGUGAUUUUGGUGAUACUUUUAAAAUGAGAGAUUAUAAUCUUUACGAAAUGUUAAGUGCCAGAAAUGGGUCGGGGGGUACGUAUUUCCACGAGGCUUGUCAAGCAAAUUCAAUAGCUCUUCUUUGGCGAGCUGCAGGAAUGCUAGAUGAAUCACAUCCCAGAAUACUGAACAUACGUGACUAUAAGGGUGCCCAGUGCACCCAUAUAAUAGCAACAUCUAACGUCUCAUGUUCAAUAGACAUGAUGAAUAUUGUUUUACAACUUGGAGCUGACAUAAACGGACAAGAAGGACUCGCAGGCCUCACGCCACUUCACAUAUGUGUAAAUAAAAAAAAUUACGCUCUCGCUGAAUGGCUUUGUCAGGCGCCGGGUAUCGAUGUAAAAGUUGAAAACUUUGGAAAAGAGACGCCAUAUGAUCUCGCUUGCAAGAUGGAAGAUCGUAAAAUGAUGAAAAUUUUUGAAGAAAGAUCGAAAAAAAUGUAAGCUUCCUUCGAGCACACGUGAUAGUGAUAAAAAACCUGACAUUUGUUAUAAUUUAAUAAACUUAACCCAAAAUUAACAUGUGUAAUUAUAACUGUGAUUGUUCAUUUUUCUCAAUUAUUAGGUACAAGUUAAUCUAGAUAAUUACAGACUUAAUUUCGUUUAUAAUUAAAUGUUAAGGCAGCUGUUCAAAAAUAUAUAAAUAGAU